UGUUUCAGCAAUGUCUUUAUAUUUGAGCGGGGGGUCCAUGUUAAUCUGAGUCAUUUCAAAGGGCUGCUGAGCUGUCCAGAUUUAAAAACGAAAUGUUGGUUUGCUAGAACCAGCAGUUCUUUUAAAUGACCACAAGAUGACAGCAUUAGGCUAUUUUGGAAUGCUGUCCAUGUUUAGGAAUGCAGGAGGUGCAGGCGCUGCUGUUUCUCCACUCCGCAUCCCCUGUACCGUUUGUUCUCCUUUUAUUUAUAUAUUUUCUCUUCUAAAACUACAAUCUAUUCAAGGUAUGUCUUUUUAUUUUAUAUUAAUAGUGAUUUUGUGUUUGCUAUAAUGUUGUACUGGUUUCUCCCACAUGUUUUAUUUCAUUAUAUUUUGGUAAAAUAUAACAUCUAUAAACUUGCUAGUCUUGCAUGACACAUUCUUAAUUACUGGAUUUCCACCCUGUAUUUUCACAUAUAAUUCAAAAUAUAUAUUGCCAUCCUUUAUAUUUGUUUUUGUAGGUUUUCACAUCCUUUUAAAUGAUCUGUUAUCUUCUUGUUUGUUAGCAUCUAUUUUGUAGAAGUAUCAUUAGUGUUUUAGAGCAUAUCAUCUUUAUUAUUUCUGAAUUGUGAAGAGCACGCAGGUCUUUCCAAAUGUGUUUCAAUCUCUCUCUCUCUCUCUCUCUCUCUCUCUCUCUCUCUCUGUGAAGUCCUUAAACUGGGACAUUAUUAUCAAUAAUAUCAUAUGCCGAGAUUCUAUUUUAUUGCUGAUUGCUGCCUAACACACUGCAUCUUCGCUCUUUGAUUUCCACUUUCCAUCUCGCUCUAUCCUAUCUCUAUGCUACCCUCCAGUGUCAAAUCUGCAAACCAGGCAAGGUAUGAAAAUAUUACGUAGCUCAAUAUUUCUAUUUAUUAAAUGUUUUUUUUCCAAAUAUUUAAUUUCUUCCCAUUUAAUAUGACAUGGUAUUUGUUUUGUAUAUUUAUUUCUAUUGCAGUUUCUGCUUGGAUCAUUAGUGUGCCGUGAUUAAUAGAUAUGAGGAGUUUCUUUGAAACCAGACCCACAACACAAUGAUGCAGCAUGACUGGUGUUCUCUGAUUAAGAGAUUUAAAAUAAUAAUUGAUUAAUGAACUCCAGAGUUGUGGUUGAAACCUUGUGUUGCGUGCUUGUUUUUUUCCCACAAUGUCUAUUUGUUUGAACCUGUCAAAGAUACAAUAGAAAGGGCUCCCGAGUGGUGCAUCCAGUAAAGGCACUCCACAUGUAGUGCAGGGUGUGCCCUAUAGUCUGGAUGUCGCUAGUUCGAGUCCAGGCUAUUCCUUUGCCAACCAUGGACGGGAGCCCCCUGGGGGCGGUGCACAAUUGGCCAAGCGUCACCCGGAUCAAGGGAAGGUUAGGUCAGCCAGGGUGUCGCACCAGUGACCGCUGUAGUCUGGCCGGGCGCCAGCGGGCUUGCCUGUAAGCUGACCGAGAGCUGCAGUGUCAUCCAACGCUGUAGCUCUUGGGUGGCUGCAUGGUGAGUCCGCAGUGUGAACAAAAGCGGUCGGCUGACGGCACACACUUCGGAGGACAGAGUGCGUCUUCGUCCUCCCAAGUCAGCGCAGGGGUGGUAGCGGUGAGCUGAGCCUAAAAAUAACAUUUCAAAUUGGGGAGAAAAUAAUAAUAAAAACUAAUGCACAGCAGAAAUGAUUCCACUUCUAGGAGGUUGACUUUGUGCAAAGUUUUCUAAUCUGAUGUAAACUUUCAUCCCCCCUAUCACUGUACUGUCUCCACUAAUUCAUUAUUACUGAUGAACCAACGGGAGCACCAAUCCUUCCUCAUUGGCAAAGCUAGCGCUGCUGUUCAGGGUCAGCGUGCCUCAGCACUGCCAGCAAGCACUUGGGCACUGGGGAGCAAAGCAGCACAAGAGCCUCAAUGUCUUGGCUUUGCGGGAGUGAAUGUAAGCAGUGGUGUAAUUGGAAUAUCUAUUUCCUCUGUGGAAGCGGUGAUCUCUGCCUGCAAUGGAGUGUGGAUAUUUAACACACAAGAGUGUAGGAGGAGCCUUUCAAAGAGAGACAGAGAGAGAGAGAGAGCGAUGCUUCAGCAGGAGGGUUACAUUGCAGAUGUGUUUCUGGAAACACCAAUCCAGAAACUUCAGUCAAGACGUUCAGCCACCAUCUGGUCCUUCAUUGCCGUGUGGGUCAGACAGCAACUUCAAGCGCUCUGCAGCACGAUCAAGGCUUUUCAAACACACUCAACUAGUAUUAUUUACACCGUUUUGGAUCUGAUCACAAAGAUGUCUGAGCAUGAAGACCUCUCUGAAACGUCUGGCCAUGGAAACAUAUCUGAGAAUUACCCCUUCAAUCCAGCCAGUGUGAUCGUCUCUGUUGUCUUUUCCCUCAUUUUCUUGCUUGGCACUGUUGGGAAUAGUUUGGUUUUAGCUGUGCUGCUACGGAAUGGAAAAAUGGGCCACAACACCACUAACCUGUUUAUUUUAAACCUGAGUGUUGCUGAUUUUUUCUUCAUUGUCUUUUGUGUGCCAUUUCAAGCUACCAUUUACUCCCUAGAGGGCUGGGUGUUUGGUUCAUUUAUGUGCAAGGCGGUCCACUUCUUUAUUAAUCUCACCAUGUAUGCCAGCAGCUUUACACUGGCAGCCGUCUCAGUUGACAGGUAUUUGGCAAUCCGGUACCCUCUGAGGUCCCGGGAAUUGAGAACCCCAUGUAAUGCAGUGGCAGCAAUGGCUGUGAUCUGGGGCCUGUCCUUCAUAUUUGCAGGGCCUUAUCUGAGCUACUAUGACAUUACUGACAUUGACACUGUGAAUGUGUGUAUACCAGGAUGGGAAGAAUGGAGGCGCAAAGUCCUGGACACCUGCACCUUUAUAUGUGGCUAUGUCAUUCCAGUCUUGAUUGUAAGCCUCUCUUACACAAGAACAAUAAAAUACCUCUGGACAGCUGUGGACCCUUUGGAUGGAAUGUCAGAAUCAAAGAAAGCAAAGCGCAAGGUGACUAAGAUGAUCAUUAUUGUCACUGUGCUUUUCUGCCUUUGCUGGCUGCCCUACCAUGUUGUGAUACUUUGCUAUCUGUAUGGAGAUUUCCCAUUCAACCAGACCACCUAUGCCUUCAGGCUGCUGUCCCACUGCAUGGCCUAUGCCAACUCCUGUCUCAACCCAAUUGUCUAUGCACUGGUCUCUAAGCAUUUCCGCAAGGGCUUUAAAAAGGUUUUCAGUUGUAUUCUCAUCAAAAAGGCUAGGAAUAAGGUUCAUGUUGUGCACGUGGCUAACACAGUGCCUGGCUUUGAAGCAGGAUCCACAGAGGUGUCGCACAUUAAUGAGGAAAACAGAAGACAGAAUGCCUGCGAGAUGGGCUGCAGAACUCCUGUUGUUCCUGAGGACAACACGGCAGCCAUCACCCUGCCAUACCAGCAGCAGCCCUGAAAGAACACGCGCCUUAGAAAUGUGAAACACGUGCAAUGCACUAAAGACUUGGGAUGAAUCAUUUUCAACUGUAUGGACUCAACUGUGCAGUUGGAAGUUUUUUUUUUUUUUUUUUUUUUAAACUGUGUCUCAUUACUCCUACCCUAAGAGGAAUGUGUAUUUAAACUUUGAAAACAACAAAUGUGCCAUGAUAAUUCUUUCAUUUCAUUUUAUAAUCAAGGGAUUGUGAAAUGCUAUUCUAUAAGUGUACAAGUAUUUUAAUUGCAUCGCAACUGUACUGUGGUUAGCCUGUGUUAAGUAUUCUUGUAGGAUUUCUUGUUGUUAAGAUUGUAAAUAGGAUUUACAUACAGUUUAGAAAGAGCAAAUGCAUAGGCUUAUCAUUCUUAUCAAAAUGCUAUGCGAAUAGUGGUUAAGUGAUGUAACAAAUACAUAAAUAAAACAUGUUUAUUUGU